AUGGACACGUUCUCCUCCACAACAGAGGUCUCAAAUUCUUUGAGAUCUUGUUCAGGAACGCAUUCAGGUAAAAGUUUCUUCCACGCUGAAUUCGAGGUCCGGUAUAUGACGCCUUCGCAGAAUGAAAAUCAUUGUGGAUGCCUUAAACUAGUGGACCUAGCUGGAGCAGAAAGUGUUGGACGAGCACAAACAUCCAAACUGCAGUUUGAGGAAGGUGUCAACAUUAAUAAGGAUCUGUUAGCACUAGGCAAAGUUCUGUCUGCUCUUAGUAACUCAGCAGAUAGUUUUGCUUCCUACCGAGAAUCCAUACUGACAGGAGUUCUCAAGGACUCUCUUACUGGGAGCAGCCAAACAGCCUUGAUUGCCUGUGUGAACCCAGCAAGUUUCAAUACGCAUGAAACCAUUAAUACAUUACGAUUUGCUGAACAAGCUAGAAAUAUCAGGAUGAAGCCUCAAGUGUUUUCCUCUGUUAAGCAUGGGUUGAAACGACGUUUUGAUUGUUUGUCAGCCACUCCAUUACCUCAGAGAGGAACACUAUCUUCACUGAAAAAAACAAAACACAACAAUACAGUGUGUACACCAGUACACAAGAAAGCAGCACGACCAUUGUUUACCCCGCUCAAUGCUACCAUUAAUACUCCGUCAAUCAGCCAUAAAGAAAUUCUAAAUAAUUCUCUAAGAGCUGGUUGGGAUAUGCCACCACCUACAUCUAUGUUCUCCACCCUCAAACCAACCAUUUUUGAAGAUGACUCACCCUCAAGAUUUUCAACUGUUUCAGCCAUAAAUGACACAGAGGCUCAUUCAUCCAUGCUUGGCCCAGUGUCUGAGCCCAUGACUAACCAUUGGGAGAAGUACGUCAGUAUUUACCAGGAAAAUUUUGAAGAUCGUAUAGUCGACAAAUUAAUCUCAAAACUUUCUCGCAAAAAAAUAUCAAGCAAAAGUAAAAAGAUCAACAAAUACAAGAAAUCCCAAUCUUCAACACCUACAGAUGCUGAGGAUGGAAAAUCAAGUGAUAUCUCAGAUGAUAAUAUUCUGGUAACAUCCAUUGCUCAUGCUUUCUUAAAUAAUCCUGAGCUCCAAGAUCAUUUAUCAAUUGCUAUUAAGAAAGAUAUAAAGGAGGAUCAACAGAGAAGAAGUACAUGCUACAGUGCUUUGCCUGUAAAUCAGCCUGUGACUAAAACCUUUCAAGAUAAAGAAAAUAAUCAAAAACGACAACCUCUUGGAAACAUAACAAAUGCACAAGAAAGCAAGACCAGCUACUUAAAGGAGAAUAUUGGUUUAUCGCGGAUUGCCAAUAAAACAUUCUCAUAUGAUACUAAUCAAACAUUAGUCAUGGACAGAGUUAAUGAAGAGCUGUAUAGUCUUCCUGUAACAAGCACAGCAUUAAGGGAUAAUAGACAUGCAAGAAAGUCUACAAGAUUAUCAACCAAACAGAGUAUCAACAGUGCAAUGCUGAGGAAAGUUUCACUCAAGUCAGAUUCUAGUAGAAGCUCUUCUCUAUUCUUUGACAUUGAAAGAAAUGGAACAAAUUCUUUAAAUUGUGAGAGUAUUAGCAGCACUGCUAAUAUUUCCAAUAACGACUCUUCACCUGUCCUAAGGUUUCCUAAACUGAGAAUAGAGCCACAUUCAAGGAAUGAUGGUAAUAAAUCAAAAGAAAAUGUUGAAUUGAGAACUUCAGAUAAUACAUUGGUACAAAUAGAAAAGAGUUUAGGACAAGAAAAGAGCCAAAUGCGAAGGUCUUCAAGAAGAUCAGCAAUUAAAGCAACUCAGCUAAACUUUGAGAUCCUGAAUGGAGAAAGUCCUGUCACAAACAAACAGACUCGAAGGUCAUCACUUGCUACUACAAAGAAAUACAAAGGUAUGAUAAAGGGUUUAUUUUUUGAUUCAUGGAUAAAAGAUGACAGUAUAAGUGUUCUUGCUGACAAGACAAUGGAAAAUUGGGUGCUAACGGUGAGCCCACGGUUACAACAAAAACACAACAGUGAGGUUCUUGACAUCCUCAACACUGGCACUUUGAUGAGACUGCAACAGCUGCCUACUGUUGGUCCCAAUGCUAUGGUGAUACACAAUUUCAGGUUAGUGUUGAUUGUGACAUUUACUUGUUAA